UUCUCCUAACGACGAAUCGUGUAACGAGAACGAUGCAAACGAUAAGCGCUUUUGGCAACAAGCGCGAGUGAGGAGGUUAUGGCGAGUAGCGAUCGAUGGAUCGAUCGGAAACUAUCGAAUCUGAUCGGUCGAAUGACCGAGGAAAGGAAGGAGAGAAACGUCAGCUCGAUUCGUUCGGUGAGUAUUCUCGUAAACGCUUGUCCUUCAGCAAACACGAUGAGGUUCGGAAGGAGGCGCAUGGUGCCACGUUAACCGGGGAAAGAGAAAAAAGAGAGAAAGAAAAAGAAAAGAGAAAUAAGAAAACAGCGGCGCGACAGCAUCGAGGCGAUUAUGAAAUUUCUGCCUUUCGUUUUCGGCGCGGUCGGGCUGGAAUGCGCCGACGCGAAGAUGUGGAAUGACGGUGACGGUAAGUGAAAGCGACGGAUAAUCGAUCUCGAGUUCCUCGUUUCUCGCUUCCAGAUCAUUCGGACGAGACCUUCCGCAUCUUCGUUUGGAUAGCUCGUCUCAAGCGUCUUUCCCUGAUCGCCUUCAUGCUGCUCAGCGUGCUGCUUUAUUACGUGCCCGAGUCUCGUUCCCACGUACGAAAGGCUUGUUGCUUCUUGAUCGAUUUCGUGGCGGAUGGAUUGAAAUUCGCGCUUCGUGCUACCGACGGUGAUUACCGAAAGAAGAUGAGAGUUAAGAGACGAAGAUUACAAAACGAGCAGGAGAAUCAACGGGGAAGGCGUACAUGCGAGAAAAACAAGAUCUCGACGAACGAAGGGCCAUCUUGGUAUCGAGAGAUCGCGAAACCGCGUUCGAGGCGCUUCGGUCAAGAUGGGAAGUAUCAAAGUCGUCGCCGGGAUCGACGACGCUAUCGCGAGUUCAUGGGGAACGACGGGCCACCGGAGAGCUGCCUCGAGUUGCUGUCGCCUUUCCUACAAAAUCGAUACCAACAGAGGCGUGCCGUUACGACUCGGAACGACGUGUGUUCCGUUCGUCUGAAGAAGGAAUACGAUCAUCGCACGGUUGACAAUCCGCUUAAAUAUCGGGAGGAUCUUUCCUACCCGAGUCAGAAAUUCCCGUUCGAGUACGAGGAAGAUUACGCGCCGGUCGAUACGGAUAUACCGACGAAUUAUUACGAUUCGCCGUGCGGCAGGUUCGACCAAAACGUCGCCGACAUCGCGACCUAUCGGUUGCGAGAGAUUAUAGGGGACAACAAAUUCUUCGCGAAGAGGGAAGAGAGAUCGGUCGUCGAUCUCGAAGGAGAGACGGUCCGUAAGAGACAAAUGUCGGGGCUACGACAAAUGCACGGUGAUACGAUACCGGAGAGGUCGUACAACGAAAGCUCGUACACCAGUUUAGAAGCGGAAGCGGACGACGAGAACUCUCAAUGCGGAAAUGAAAUUGCGACGGGGACGAACUUUUCGAAGGAAAGAGACGUCGAGGAAGCAACGACGAGUACGUCGAUGGCACGGCGAACGAUCGGAGGAUAUCAUAGCUCGUCUUCCAGCGAAACUUUAUUCUCGUCGAGAACGCUGCACGGGAGACGAUGCGUCGCACGAGAAUAGUCUCUUUUUUCUUUUUUUCCUUUUUUGAUUACGACGGAUAUGCAACGGGGUAUCGUCAUCUUUUAAUGAAUCGUAGUAAAGCGAGUUCGGGGUUGGAGGGAGAGGGAGGGAGAGAGGCGCGUGCAAACGAACAAAAUAUUCUCGCGUUGACGCGUUCCUGAUAUAAAAGAAGUAAGACGAGGCAAACCAAUUUCCCGAGAAAGGAGAAAGAUUAACGAAUCGGAUUGUCGGUUAUUCAGAUCCCGAGGGAAACUUCUUCUCGCGUGCCGUAAAGUGGACCUUCGGAGGAUGUUCGGGAACUUGUCGACGUCUCUCGGCGAAGUCGGGGAAGGAAGAAAAAUAGUCGGAAAGGAAGAGACUCGCGAA